UAAACCCAUCCUACAUGGCCAAGAGCUUCAAAAGAAGUCAAGGUAUAGCCCACUCCCCCAACUCACAUGCCCAAACUUAGCAAUAUAUGCUGCUUUUAAAAGACCAAAGGUUAGGUACCACAACCACCAGAUGUCCCAAAUACCCAAAAAAAUCAAAUCAAAUUAAAAAAGUGGCCUCCUCUUGACUCUGCACAUCAUAAACACUCAUCAAUAAAUCCUUAUCAUCAUCAUCAACCUCUUUGUCUCUUACUCUCUCUCAGAACUUUCUACAAACACAAAGCUUGUCAGAUCCAGAUUCCAAACCCAUCAAACCCAUGGAUCUCCCACCAGAACAUCUCCAAUUCUUAACAAUCCCAGACAUCCUCAAAGAAUCAAUCUCCAUCCCCAAACAAUCCCCAAAAACCUUUUACCUCAUCACCUUAACUCUCGUCUUCCCUCUCUCCUUUGCCAUCUUAGCUCACUCUCUCUUCACCCACCCACUCCUGACCCACCUCCAAAACUAUCAACCCGACCCGACCCAAACCAGACACCAGUGGACUCUCCUCCUCCUCUUCCAGUUCCUCUACCUUAUCUUCCUCUUCGCUUUCUCUCUCCUCUCCACUGCGGCCAUAGUCUUCACUGUAGCCUCUCUCUACACCUCAAAGCCAGUCUCUUUCUCCUCCACAAUCUCGGCCAUUCCCAACGUUUUCAAGCGCUUAUUCGUUACCUUCUUAUGGGUUUCUCUUCUAAUGGUGAUCUACAACUUUGUAUUCCUUGCUUUCCUGGUUUUAUUGGUCGUAGCCAUUGAUACCCAGAACACCUUUUUGCUUGUUUUUGCAAUUUUGAUCAUUUUCAUACUCUUUCUCUUUGUUCAUGUCUAUAUCACUGCACUAUGGCACUUGGCUAGCGUGGUUUCUGUGUUGGAACCGGUUUAUGGGUUUGCUGCUAUGAAAAAGAGCUAUGAGUUGUUGAAGGGAAAGACCCUUUACGCCUUUGUGCUUGUUUUUGUGUACUUGGCGAUCUGUGGGGUUAUUGGUGGAGUUUUUGGGUCGGUGGUUGUGCAUGGAGGUGAAAAAUUUGGGGUCUUUGUGAGGAUUGUGGUUGGAGGGUUCUUGGUGGGUGUGUUGGUGAUUGUGAACUUGGUGGGGUUGUUGGUGCAGAGCGUCUUUUACUAUGUUUGUAAGAGUUUUCAUCAUCAAGGGAUUGAUAAAUUAGCUUUGCAUGACCAUCUUGGUGGGUAUCUUGGGGAGUACGUGCCUCUCAAGAGCAAUAUUCAGAUGGAGAAUUUGGAAAUCUGAGAUAGAUUUCAUGACAAUUUUAUGUAGGGUGCACUGUGUACGACCUUUUUUUAUGUACAAAGCCAAUUUAGAAGACUGUGAAAUUGAAUUAGUUGCAUGUUCUAGCUUCUGAUUAAGAGGAAGUUCGGAGUAUAACAAAAGAGAUAUCAAGUUUCAUGCUUCAUCUGGAAAGUUGACCUGCAGCUGAUUUGAAGUGAAGAGAAGCAAUAGAAAUGUUGCGUUACUGAACUUUGCCACAUUUCUGUUCCUUUAUUGAAGAGUUGCCUAUUUUCAAGUGUUAUCUCUUGCUCUAUUCUUGUAUACAUCUUGUGUACUAUUGUGAAAACCUUUGCAUUUUUUUAAUGAAAUAUUUAUUA